AUGUAUAGGAGCAGACAGAAGAAACCGAUCAUCAGUGGACCGUUUCCGGCAGAUCCGGACCGUCUGCAAGGCGAAAAGUGGCAGUACGUGAUACUGACGCGGUUGGACACAGAACCGCCUCCCGAACGACCUCCUCGAACCAAGCGCUGCCGCCGGCAGGAGACGACGAUCAGUGGCGUCAGUGGCAUCGUCCGUUGGGGAUCGGAGCGGCGACGGCAGCGGUCGUUCGGUCGCAGGCGGCAGACGACGCCGCCUCAGAGUCUGUCCACCGACGAGCUGAAGGAAUCUGUGUCGUCAGGACGAGUCGACAUUGGCGAUGGUGGCGGAACGGUCGAAAGAGCUGCGAAAAAAAAAGCGACGUUGGCUUUCGACAAGGCCGUCAAAAACACUUCGAUGUGGGUCGUUUUGUGGUCGGGCGCCAUCGUCGCCGGUCGGACGUACGCUGCCCGACAAAACGGUUUGCUCAAGUCCGUCGCCCUCGCCCAUGCGAUGGCCAACGAUUUGACGUCGUAA